CAUAUUAAGCAAUUCUAAAUAUCGGAUUGCAUAAUCUUAAUGCCUUAAUAUUGUGUGUGUCCAUAGUGGCCAAUAUUAACUUUAAACGAGGACACUGAUACUUUUGCCUUGGUUCAAGAGCAGUCCGAGAGAGAGAGAGAGAGAGAGGGAGAGAGAGAGAGAGAGUGACGAAAGCGGAACCCAGAGCAUCGUCAGAGCGCAGGUCUCUGGGCGAAUAGGAUGCGCCAAACGCAGAAGAAAGCGCCGUGUGAGCUUUUAGAGGAAACAACCGGCAGAAGUGCGCGGCGCAAUUUGGAGUUUGUGGACACGGAGUUGUGAGACGCGCACCUAUAUCGCGGGAGAAGUUCUUUCCAUUUCUAUGGCGCUUCAGUAGUUCAGGCAUGCAAAGAAGAGGACAUAAUUCCUAAAUUACCAGGAGCGAUGGCAUCUUACCACGGCUUAGAGGGUGACGCAAUGGCCCUGAUGGUGCACGACACCAACGCGGUGAAGACGGAGGAGUUCGUGAAGGACGAGCCGGUCCGGACCGAAACGGGCUCGGAGAAAGCGGACCCGUCCCAGAAGCCACCCUACUCCUACGUGGCCCUCAUCGCCAUGGCCAUACGCGAGAGCUCGGAGAAGCGCCUGACCCUGUCAGGGAUCUACCAGUACAUCAUCAACAAAUUUCCCUUUUAUGAGAAGAACAAGAAGGGUUGGCAGAAUAGCAUUCGCCACAAUCUGAGCCUGAACGAGUGUUUCAUUAAAGUGCCGCGUGAAGGUGGCGGAGAGCGCAAGGGGAAUUACUGGACGCUGGACCCGGCGUGCGAGGACAUGUUUGAGAAGGGGAAUUACCGGCGCCGACGGCGGAUGAAGCGGCCUUUCAGGCCUCCAGCGGCCCAUUUCCAGCCCGGCAAGUCUCUGUUCGGAGCAGACGGCUACGGUUACCUGUCGCCUCCCAAGUACAUCCAACCGAGCUUCAUGAACAACGCCUGGCCGCUCGCUCAGCCUCCUCCUCCGCCGCCUCCGCCGCCCAUGUCGUCGUACGCGUCGUGCCAGAUGGGGACAGGCGACGUGAGCGCCAUCAACGUGAAAGGCCUUUCCACUGCGUCCUACAACCCGUACUCCCGCAUGCAGGCCAUGGGCCUUCCGAGCGUCAUGAACUCGUAUAACGGCGUGAGCCAUCACCAGCACCAGGCGCAGCAGCUAAGCGGAGCUGCGUCCGCGCCUUCACCCGUACCAGGCAACAGCGCGGCGGGCCUCCAGUUCGCCUGCGCCGCGCGUCAGCCCACCGACCUCUACUCGUACUGGGACCACGAAGCCAAGCAUUCAGCCUUGCACUCUCGGAUUGACAUUUAA